AACAACGUCAAUGGCUACCUCCAGUCUGUGCAUGUGUUACAAGUCCUUCGUGUGAUAUUUGUUUUAUUUUCGGUCUGUAAUAUUAACAGUGUACAUGAAGAUAAAGUGAACUAUUAGUGAUUGUAAGGAGAAAGGGUGAGCGAACAUGAAAGCAAAAACGCAGCGCAGGAGCAAAGGGAAAGGUGGAAGGAAAAAGCAAAAAGAUAAACUUGAGAAAUUCAGGGAUUCAGUCAAUAAUUUUGUGAAAAGCAAAGGAGGUCUCGAUGACAAUGAACGUGAUCAAAGAACAGUGUUCUUAAAGAGGAAAAAUAGAAAAGUGCUGCGCAAAGAGAAACGUAAGUUUAAGAAAGCUAAGAUGAAAAGUCACUACAUGGGUCAGUCACUCCCGAACAAGUGUGAGGAAACUGAGCCAGCAAACAAGACCGCUGCGAAGGAGGAUAAGGUGGAAAAAACAGAAGUAAAAUCGGUCGAAAAUAUUAAUCUCGCCACUCCGAGACCUCAGAAGCCGCAGAGAGACAAUGCCAAAACUAAAGAUGACGUAGAAGAGAAGACUAAAAGAAAAGUUCACUUCUUCGAAGAUCUCCCAAGUCCGAAAAAGAAAUCUAAACCGAACGAGACCAGAAAGCGGGCUCUAUUAGAGGCAAAUAUUGAAGAGGAUAAAGAAAUAAGAAAAUUAGAGAAACGCCUUGGACUGAAUAAAAGAAGGAACAAACAGAGCCUUCCCCAGUCAUUCGCCAACGAUGGGCUUGAUUAUAUUUUAGGAAUUCUUGAGCCUGGGGCGUCUGCGUCAGGACUGUAUGGGAGUGAUGAAGAAAUGGACCUAGACAAAGCCAAGGAUAACUUUGAUGAGUUGGAAGAGGACAGCGGACGAGAAAUGACAGAUAGUGAGGAGAAAGAUGACAGUGAGGGUGAAGAUGUAGAGGAAGAGGUGGAAGGUGAUGGAGAAGAUGUCACACAGAUAGAAUACGACGAGGACGCGGGAGAUGAAGAAGAGGAAAGUUACACAGAAGCAUCAGAGGACAAAGAAGAAGAAGAUGAUGAUGGAGAGGAAGUUGAAUCUGAACAAAGGCCAUCUGAGAACAAAGAAGCAAAUUCUGCUACAGUGAACAUGUAUGUUCCACCUCACCUACGAGAAGAUGUGGACAGCAAACGCAGAGCCGAGCUGGAGAAACUGAAGCGCAAUGUAAAAGGUCUUAUAAACAGGUUGAGUCAACCCAAUAUGGCGUCCAUCAGCAGUCAGCUAGAAGAGCUGUACAUGAGCACCAGCAGAAAGGACAUGAAUGAUACACUCACUGACGUUUUGCUGGCUGCCUGUGUCACCCCUGCUCUCAUGCCUGAAAGGCUGCUGAUGGAGCACAUCCUACUCGUCAGCGUUCUCCACCAUACUGUUGGCUUGGAGGUUGGAGCUAAUUUUCUGGAGACUGUAGUUCGUCAGUUUGAUAAAACCUACAGUCAGCUUGAUACUACACACAAAGAAUGUGACAACUUGGUGUCCAUAAUUGCCCAUCUCUACAACUUUCAUGUGGUCCAUGGUCUCUUGGUCUUUGACAUUCUGAAGAAGCUGGUGACACGUUUCAGCUCAAGGGAUAUAGAGCUGGUUCUGCUGGUUUUGAAGAAUGUUGGUUUUGCUCUGAGAAAGGACGAUCCGCUUGCCCUUAAGGAGCUCAUCUCGGAAGCUCAGCGGAAAGCCAGCAUUGAAGGAGAGUGUUUUCAGGACCAAACAAGAAUUCGAUUUAUGUUGGAGACUAUGUUGGCCCUGAAGAACAAUGACAUGCGGAAGAUUCCAGGUUAUGACCCUGAACCCAUGGAGAAAUUAAGGAAACUCCAGAGGACUUUGAUUCACAGCAGUGCAGGUAGCAGUGACGUGAAGUUGAGAGUCUCCCUAGAUAAUCUUCUAGAGGCUGAGCGGGUUGGCCGUUGGUGGAUUGUGGGAUCUUCCUGGAGUGGAGCACCUAUGAUUGACGACCACGAAAACAAGAAAAUCAACCUACCCGCAAAAGGGGAACAGUACAGCGCAAAGAUGUUGGAGCUUGCACGCAAACAGAGAAUGAACACAGACAUUAGGAGGAACAUUUUCUGUGUGAUAAUGUCAAGUGAAGACUUUUUGGAUGCCUUUGAGAAACUUCUUAGGCUAGGAUUGAAAGAUCAGCAAGAAAGGGAAAUUGUUCAUGUUCUGAUGGACUGCUGCCUGCAGGAGAAAAGCUUCAAUAGAUUCUAUGCAGUUCUGGCAGAAAAAUUUUGCUCACAUGAUCGACGGUUCCAGAUGACCUUUCAGUUCAGUUUAUGGGACAAGUUCAAAGACCUGGCAAACCUUUCCAGCAGGUCCUUCAGUAACCUGGUCCAGUUGGUCACACAUUUUUUACACAGGAAGUGUCUUUCCCUUUCCAUUCUUAAGGCUAUUGAAUUUGGAGAGCUUGAUAAGCCUAAAGUCAAAUUCCUGAAACAGAUUUUCAUGAAACUUCUCGGAGAAACAGAGCCAGAGGAUCUUGUGAAUAUAUUUGGCAGGAUCUCUGGAAUUCCCAAGCUGGGAAUGCUUCGGGAAGGCUUGAAGCUUUUCAUCAGUCACUUUCUACUCCGGAACAUUCAUACACAAGAACCAGAUGAGCAAGCCAAGCUACUAAUGGACAGAGCAGAGAUCGCCACCAAGGCCAUGGAGGCUGGGGACUCCAAACUCAAGCUAUAGAGCUCUUGCCAUUCAUACAAUAAUCACAUCUUGGUGUGUGUGCUUUGCUUCUGAUAUAUUGUGCUAAUGUGUGUAAGAUACAUCAUACUCAAAUGGCCUUGUAGUAAAGAUUGCUUUAUAGAGCCAUGCAAUGACCUGUAUGUAGGCCAUAAGAUGCAUGUUCAGUCAUUGACAUGUUAAUAGAUUUUAUCUUUAGACAUGAAUAAUGAAAAAUCCUCUGACAUCCAGUGUUUUUGUCCAUUUUAAAUAUUGCCUCAUUCAUAUCUAAACAAAUGUUAUGUAAAGUUUUGUAGUGAAA